AAUCAGAAAUCUUUACAUCGAUUAUUACUGCUUCGAUACGUUUCGUAAAACUCUAGUAAUUUCCUUCUUUUCAAGACACGCUUCCGGUAACCCCUGAAUGCUAAAAUGAGGACAAUCAACUCCAGUCAAUGUGUAAAAAUACCGAAGGGAAUAAAAGCUUCGGUUAAAGCGCGUAUAGUAAAAAUAACUGGAGCUAGAGGUUGUUUAGUCCGAAGCUUUAAACAUCUUGCUUUGGAUAUGUAUAUGGUCGAUAAACGUACGUUAAAAGUAGAAAAAUGGUUUGGAGCAAAAAAAGAGCUGGCGUCUGUACGUACUGUUUGCAGUCAUAUUGAAAACAUGAUUAAAGGUGUGACGUAUGGAUUCCAAUAUAAAAUGCGUGCAGUUUAUGCUCAUUUCCCAAUUAACUGUGUGACUUCAGAAAACAAUACUGUAAUCGAAAUACGGAAUUUCCUUGGAGAAAAAUAUAUUCGACGUGUUCAAAUGGCUCCUGGUGUGACAGUAGUAAAUUCUACUGCACAGAAGGAUGAAUUGAUUGUAGAAGGUAAUGACAUAGAGKCUGUUUCUGGUUCAGCUGCCUUGAUCCAACAGUCGACUACAGUUAAAAACAAGGACAUUCGUAAAUUUUUAGAUGGCCUUUAUGUAUCAGAAAAAACUACUGUUGUAAAAAAAGAGGAUUAAAUAUAAAUAAAAGUCGCUCAAAGUUGAUUUCA